AUGUCAAGUAAAGUGCCGUUAAAAGAGGUUAUUAAACCUUUGGUAAAUAUUAUCUACGAAUUAAAGGAAGAGAAUGGCCUUGAGAUCCACCCUAUCUUCCAUCUCUUGCCUCCAAAAAGGGACUAUCCAGAUUAUUACCAAAUCAUUGAGCAUCCAAUUAGUUUGAGUACUGUCAGGAAGCGCAUGACGCAGUAUAAGAAUCCUCAGGAAUUUGUGAACGAUUUGGCGAGGGUUACAUGGAAUGCAAGGACGUACAACACAAAGGAUUCCGAUGUGUACCAUUACGCUGUAAUUCUAGAUAAAUGCGUUAAAGAUACAAUCAUACCUAGUUUGAAGAAAGAUUUCCCCAACAUUAGAUAUCCAUAUUUGGGACCAUUACCGGAUGAAGCUCCUUUAGAGGGUGUGGAGAUCGAGGAACCUGAGAAACAGCAGAAGGCUCUUCCCAAACCUAAGAUACCUGCCGAGCAAGACAAUACUAUCAGUCAAACACAAUCACCAUCAUCUUCCUCACAGCAUGUAUCGCUACAAAAGGGCAGUGGAGGAGCUACUCCUAAUAAGGAUUUCAAGGAAACUGGUAGAGCAUCUAGAUCAACAAUGUCAUUCAAUUCCAUUCCUUUAACGCGGUCACCUGGUGGCUUCCGUACUACUGAGGAUGAAUACAGACUGGCAGCAAACAGGAAGGAACCAAAAAGCAGUAGUUCUGACGAUAGUACCUCUAGUGCGAAAAGGCAACCACCAUUACCAAAGAUCCGUAUUUCUCACGUAUCGCCUCCUAUCAUUAACACUUCAAAAUCAAUGACUCCUCAGCCUCUUAUAGCCAAAACUCCAGUUGAAAAGAAGACACACAUGAAGCGUGGUAGACCACCGGUAAUUGAUUUACCGUAUGAACAGCGUAUCAAAAACGUCUUAAAAGCCAUGAAGAAGGAAACCACGCCUGGCGGGAAGGAUCUGUUGGCAGCAAAGUUUGAAAGGUUACCAGACGAAGAUCGUGAACCUCAAUAUUACAGUGUCAUAUCAGACCCAAUUUCACUAGAUGAUAUCAAGAAGAAAGUGAAGCAACGUAAGUACAAAAAUUUCCACAAGUUCCAAGAAGAUGUGAUGUUAAUGUUAAGCAACUACAGAAUGUACCAUAGAUCCCAACCAGGUGAGGUGAGAAGAGCUGCGGAUUUCGAAACUCUGUUCAAUGCACAUUGUCAACACGAAUUGUCAAGACCUGACAUCGAUUUCAUGACUGAUGGUGAAUUAAAAUAUCCUUUGGAGACCGUUGACGUUAAUGGGAAAACAUAUAAAAUUGGUGACUGGAUCUUGCUACGUAAUGCUAAUGACGAAACUAAACCAACUGUUGCACAAAUUUUCAGACUUUGGUACACAUCUGACGGUACUCGUUGGUUGAACUGUUGUUGGUACUUGAGACCUGAACAGACAGUGCACCGUGUGGACAGAUUGUUUUACAAGAAUGAAGUUGUCAAAUCUGGUCAAUACAGAGAUCAUCUAGUAGAAGAGAUCGUUGGUAAGUGUUAUGUGUGUCAUUUCACUAGAUUCCAACGUGGUGACCCAGAUGUAGCCAUCGAAGGCCCAUUAUUUGUUUGUGAGUACCGUUACAACGAAACGGAAAAGGUAUUUAACAAGAUCAGAACCUGGAAAGGGUGUUUACCGGAAGAAGUGCGUGAAUCUGAGGAUCCUACGAUCCCCGUUGUUGGUAGAAAGUUCUAUAAAUAUGAAUCUCCAAUCAAGCAUUUGUUACCAGCCAAUGCAACAGUUAACGACCCAUUACCGCAACCAACAGAAGGUGCAGUCAACGCUCCUCCAUUAGUUGGUGCGGUAUACUUACGUCCUAAACUAAGAAGAGACGACCUUGGUGAAUACUCCACAUCUGACGACUGUCCUAGAUAUAUCAUCAGGCCAGGUGAUCCACCACCACCAGGUAAGUAUGACGACGAAACCGGCACAGUAUUAACAAAUCUGCAUAGCUCAGCCGCUGUACCCAAGGGACGUUUGUCUUCACUUUCAAGAAACUCUGCACAAAGCCCAAUAAGUUCGCUACAAUCUAGACCAACUCAGUACUACCCGCCUCCAAUGCCAAAGGGCCAGCAUCCAUCUCCACAAUUACCGCUACCAUCUCAUCAACAGCUGCUGCAAAAGCAACAGCAACAACAACAGCAACAACAGCUCCAACAACAGUUGAUGCUGCAAUCUCAACUCGGUACUGGUCAUGGUAAAGGUUCUAUAUCUACCUCCGCUGGCGAUGGCUCGAAGCCUAUCCCAUAUCGUUCCACAGCAAUCAUUAACGAUCUAAUAACACAAAUGAAGAAUGCAGGAGGACCUACGGGACAUAUAGUCGUUGAUGCACCAUCUGCUUGCAUACUCCCUAUACCACUCACAAAGAACAUUGAACUUUUACAAAGAGCUGACUACAGCAGUCAAAUCAGGAGAUUAGGUAAGGAUAACGUACCCAGAAGAAGAAGAGCCAAGGGUGAACCUCUAUGGUUCAGAGGACCAAGCGUUGUUGUGUCUGAGAGAUUACUAAACUCAGGAACUGACGUUCCAUUGAACAGGUGGUUCAAGAAACAAAAAACAGAGAAAUCUACAGAUACCGAUGUCACUGCUACAGAAAAUGACGAAUCCAAAGAAAAAGAAGAAGAUGAAGACGAAGAGGAAACCUUCCCAAGCUCUUUCCCCAAAGGUUUAAGACCUAGUGUAGAGUUCAUGGCUUUCAAAUUGCGUCAGCAACAAGCUCAAGAGAACUGA